AUCCCCUCUCUCUCUUUAAAGACUCAUAAAGCAGGAUCUUACAUUCAAAUUCACUCCAAAACAAAAACCAUAACCACUAUUAAUUGGCCAAAAUUGAGCACCUAUGGCUUCAUCUGCAUCUGCAUCUGCAUCAGCAUCAGCGACAGCAGCAGCAGCUGCUACUAGGACUUGUCUUAAGCCUAAAUUCCCAGUUUCAACCUCUUCUUCAUCUCCAGACUUGGGCUCUAUUUCUUCCUCUAGACCUUUCAAAAGGCCUAGUAGAAAGCCCAACAUUUCCUGCUCUCUCCAAACUUCUUCCAUUCUUCAUUUGCCUAAACAAUCACCAACAUAUGUUCCAUCACCUACUCUCACUAGAAAACACCCCGAAAACACUUCUUCUACUGAGAAAACUCAAUCCCAAGAAUGGAAUCCCAUUCAAAGAGCUGCAGCUAUGGCCUUAGAUGUGGUAGAAAAUGCUUUGGUCUCUCAUGAGCGUCAACAACCUCUUCCCAAAACAGCCGACCCCAGAGUUCAAAUCUCCGGUAACUUUGCUCCUGUACCAGAGCAACGACUAAAGCAUAGGCUUCCUGUCACUGGAAUAAUCCCAGAAUGCAUACAAGGAGUCUACGUUCGAAACGGAGCAAACCCACUUCACGAACCUGUUGCCGGACACCAUUUCUUUGAUGGCGAUGGCAUGGUUCAUGCGGUUCAGUUCAAAAAUGGCUCAGCUAGCUAUGCAUGUAGGUUCACAGAAACUAACCGUCUGGUUCAAGAACGAGCUUUAGGGCGUCCAGUUUUUCCCAAGGCCAUAGGUGAACUCCAUGGUCACUCUGGAAUAGCUAGACUGUUACUUUUCAAUGCUCGUGGCCUAUUUGGGCUUGUUGAUCCAAGCCAUGGUACUGGAGUUGCUAACGCUGGACUUGUAUUCUUUAACGGUCAUCUCCUUGCUAUGUCUGAAGAUGAUUUGCCUUACCAUGUUCGUAUCACUCCAUCUGGGGACUUGAAAACCGUUGGCAGAUACGAUUUUGAUGGUCAGUUAAAGUCUACAAUGAUUGCUCACCCCAAAGUUGAUCCUGAAACGGGCGAAUUCUUUGCUCUUAGCUAUGAUGUUAUCCAAAAGCCAUAUCUUAAGUACUUUCGUUUUUCACCGGAUGGUAAGAAAUCACUUGAUAUUGAAGUUCCAGUAGAUGGUCCAACAAUGAUGCACGAUUUUGCAAUCACAGAAAAUUUUGUGGUGAUUCCUGACCAGCAAAUCGUGUUCAAAUUGCCUGAAAUGAUCCAUGGUGGCUCACCUGUUGUCUAUGACAAGAACAAGAUGUCAAGGUUUGGGAUAUUGGAAAAGAAUGCCACUGAUGCUUCUGGGAUUAGAUGGGUUGAGGCACCUGAUUGUUUCUGCUUCCAUCUUUGGAAUGCUUGGGAGGAGCCAGAGACUGAGGAAGUUGUGGUAAUUGGCUCCUGCAUGACACCCCCAGAUUCCAUUUUCAAUGAAUGUGAUGAGAGUCUCAAGAGUGUUUUAUCUGAAAUUAGAUUGAAUUUGAAGACUGGCAAGUCAACUCGCCGGCCCAUCAUUGCAGAAUCUGAACAAGUGAACUUGGAGGCAGGGAUGGUGAACAGGAAUUUGCUGGGAAGAAAAACCCAGUUCGCGUAUUUAGCUCUUGCCGAGCCUUGGCCUAGAGUAUCAGGAUUCGCCAAAGUCGACCUCUCAAUUGGAGAGGUUAAGAAAUAUAUCUAUGGAGACCAGAGGUAUGGCGGUGAACCUUUGUUCUUUCCUCGAAACCCCGACUCGGAGAACGAGGAUGAUGGUUAUAUUUUAGCUUUCGUUCACGAUGAAAAGACCUGGAAAUCAGAACUGCAGAUUGUGAGCGCCAUGAAUUUACAGCUAGAAGCCACAGUGAAGCUUCCAUCUCGAGUUCCAUAUGGUUUUCAUGGAACAUUCAUAUGCUCCAAGGACUUGGAGAAGCAGGCCUAAUUCAACUUUGAAUAGCCUUGUUGAUUUAUCAUCAGGUUUCUUAGAUUGUUUAGUAUGUACCAGAGGGAUGCUUGCAUACAUUGUCCCCGGAAUCUUCCUCUGUUUCGCAGCUUGACGACCCUGUUUUUGGGUUAGUCCGAGGCUUUUACCUUUGGUUUAUUUUAAAGUGAAAGGUUUUGAUAGACCAGCUUGUAGCUUAUGGGUGUAGGUGGUGUUGAAGCUCAGCUGGUUUCUGCUUUUUCUUUCACUUGUGUGCAUGAAACAGUACAUAAAUUACAAGAAAAUAUCUAGUAUGUAUUUCUCUAUUUGUCUCUGUUUCACAGCAUAUAUGUAUAAUUAUAAAUACCAGUAUCUUUCUUCCAAGUACUCUUUUUUUUUUCUAAAAGGGAGAUCAUAGCCUUGAAAUAAGAGAAGGAACUGCAUAUGUUGAGAUUCAAAUUCAGAUCUGCUGAAUGCUGCCACCUCUGGAUUCAAAUUAGAAAUUGAAUUACUCAAAUAUUUGUAUAUACUCUGUUUAUUACUAUUGAACAUCCACCUUGAGCAAUUUGAUGGGUGAUCCAGUGAGGUAUGAUUGGCCAAAAAGAUUUAAUCCGGAGAGAACAAUUAA